AUGAUUACCCGGAAGACUAGACAAGCAUCAAAAGUUAAUCAGAUCUGCAUGAUUAUUGACGAAUUAUUGCGAGGGCAAGAUAAAAACCAAAGUUACGUUAAGGUAAGUCUUCCUAAAGAAAUAGAUAUGAAUAAUGUUGACGUACAUAUACUCGAAGAGGUACAUGCAGAAUAUCUCGCUGAAAGAGUUGGAAACGAUAUAUUUAUCAAAUACGAUGGGAUCAAUAAAGAAAGGAUGCAACGCAGAUUAACGAACUCGGCCGAGGCAUUCAAUCCAAAUUGGACUGUAGAGAAUAAUUCGAUAUGUGUAGUUGGAGGCGCUGAGCGUCGACCCGACGUUGGAGUGUGGUUUAUUAGACCGACUUUUGCGCAACGUUCUAGGCCUAUUAUCAACCAAUGUCCACCGCCGAGUGUGUAUAUCGAGGUAAUUGUAUUAAUUUCUACUGAGAAAAAUAGGAAAAUUAAAUGGUUUGUCUUAUUAGAUCUGGAUCCUUUAGUUGUUUUUUAA